ACCCUUUUUGUUAUUGUUUUUUUUUUUAUUUAACGGGUCUGGAUGCCCUUCGUUUCUAGUCUGUACUCAUUGAUUUACUGUUCAAUAUUUAGGCUUAAUCGUUAUCUUAUAAAUAGAUCUACAUGUAAAUCUGCAUAUUUUUUUUGCUGUCAUAAAGGCUUCACUUUUUUAAUCAUAAAUGGCAUCACGCUCAGUUGGUAAAGUCUUGUACAAGAAUGCUGCUCUUUUCGUUUGUGACAUGCAAGAAAAAUUUCGGCCAACUAUUCAGUAUUUUCCACAAAUACUUAAUGUUGCUGGUCGUUUACUUAAAAGCGCUGAAGCUUUAGGCAUGCCUGUGUUAUUUACAGAACAAUAUCCAAAAGGUCUUGGCCAUACUGUAUCAGAAUUAGAUGUGAAACAACAUAAAGUCUUCCCCAAAACAUGCUUCUCUAUGAUGGUUCCAAGUGUGGAGACAGAAUUAAAGAAAUAUUCUGAUGUUAAGUCCAUAGUCCUCUGUGGUAUUGAGGCCCAUGCUUGUGUACAACAGACAGUAUUUGACUUGAUAGAAGGGGGCUAUGAUGUUCAUGUUAUUGUUGAUGCUUGCUCAAGUCGAAGUUUGGUAGACAGGAUGUUUGCGUUUCAACGAAUGAAAGAAGCAGGAGCUCAUCUCACAACAUGUGAAAGCAUUCUUCUAGGACUCCUUCGUGAUGCUUCUCAUCCAAAAUUUAAAGAGAUUCAAAAACUUAUCAUGGAGCCUUCCCCUGACAGUGCUUUGGUUCCAGUAUAAUGAAAGAGUUUCUUUUUCUUUAGUUACCUCUAUGAUGUAAUUAUUAAUCAGAUAUUUUUUGUUUGCAACUUUCUGAUUAUUAAUUUCAUUUAACAAAACAUGAUAUUAUUUCUCCAGAAUUAUAGAAAUAUCUAAAGUGAUUAUGAAUGAAAAUAAAAGACAAAAAUGUCA